AUGAUACGAUAUUUAUCACUGAUUCUGCUGCAGCUAAAAGAAAGCACUACAGCGUCCGAGACCCCAUCUAGACCAACCACCAAAGCCCGCGCAGCGGCUUUUACUUUCCUCCACAUGAACCACCUACGACAACACUGCUUCUCAAGAAGUAG